ACUCUCGAAUUCCAACCGACAGAAGAGUGCCGGCUCUCGUACGAAGCGGGCAUGGAUAUCGUUUGAGAGUGAGUUCAAGUAGAUACGCAUAGAAAAAUAAUAGAUGGUGUACCCAGUGAGCAUGAGAGGGACGCACGAUAACGAUUUGUGGACUAUCGAGUUAUCCACCAACGUCUUUAUCGAAAGAUAAAGUAAUUACGAUUGGUGAUAACGAUUUAAAUCCACAUCAUCGUCGUCGUUCUCAUCAUCGAUAUAUUCGUCAUCGUCAACAUUGGUGCUUUCGGUUUUAAUAUUCGUCGCGCUUUCGCUUAUACCUUGGUGUUUCUUACGGCUUUCCAAAGUGUGUUAGUGCAUCAAGGAUCAAAAGGAAAAUAUAGAGACGAUAGUCGUGAGUGAUACUUUCGACGGUCGCGGCUGCGGAGGGGAUGGAUUGUAGCGGCACAGUGAAGGUCAAAGUAAAAAGUGAAGCAACAUCGUGACAACCGAUGGUCCAGCUAAGGGAUCGUACUCGUCGAACUGCGCGACGGAGUCGCCGCUUCGAGAUCAUCGAUAAAAAGGAAACCUUAAAUAUGUGAGAAAGAUUCCAUGAGAAAGAAAGAACGUCUUCGCAUUUUGUCUCUUUUAAAAAACGUGCGCAAAAUCGAGACAGAGUUGAAGACGCGUCACAAGAGCUCAAAGACGCUCUAUCGCUUCUACGGUUCAUCAAAUUCGUCAUUAUAACUUUGGGAAGGGAAGAAUGACGAUGCCGUACGCGGCGAAACGGCAGACGUCGCAGAAGCCAAUGUGCUUCACGUUGAUCUGGACAUUUAUGAUGCGUUUAGGUGCGAUCAUAUGAUAAAUGUAGAACACGCUGUAUCCCCUUCUUUUUCCUUUUUAUUUCCACUUUUUUUUUCGUUCCAUCAUCUUCCUAUCAUCGAGAUAAGAGGCAAUAUAAAAGCUAUGCUUUCGAUUCGAUUCUCUCGAAUACGUUCUUUUUGUGAUGUGCCGUAUGUGAGAAAACUCAAUGACGAUCGUGAUAGCAAGUGAAAGACGGACUAAAAGACUAAUAGACUAGAGAAGGGAGAGAAAGAGUCGGUUAUAAAAUUGAACAAUAAUCCCUGUGGAAGUGAUAGAGAAGAGAUAAAUCGGCCUUCGCGGUCCAAGCGCGACCGCGCGCGUCCCCUAUGCGGACAUUCUCCGCGCGUUAAUUCGUCCGUCCGUCCGUCCGUUUCUUCGUUCGUUCGUUUCUUCGUUCGUUCGUUCGUUCGUUCGUUCGUUCGUUCGUUCGUUCGUUCGUUCGUUCGUUCGUUUCGUAGACCAGAGACUUUCCGACAUAGAGAAGCAUAAAGGCAAACGAAGACAGAUGGACUGACGGCAAAAAGGAAAAUAAUACGUAAAAGAAGAAAACCAUAAUAUGAGUGAGAUGACGAGCGUGGAAAAGCAACAAGAGCACCAACAACAGCAGCAACAGCAGUACGUUGGUGGCAGUUCCAAUUCGGAAUAUCACUGCAAAGAUUGCGAUUUGUAUUUUGAGAGCGAUAAGAGUCUCAGGGUGCAUUUGUGUUAUCAUCAAGAAAAUCUAUCUACGCGUUGGGCAAGCCAAGCUCAACAGGAGGAGAGUAAUAACAAUAAUAGUAAGGCUGGUAAUCAUAACAGUGGUGGUCACACGAACGUUAAACGCGACAGCGUAACAGCACCAACGGACUCGUGCGAGUCCUCUUCGACAUCGCCUUCCCAGGAACCAUCGUCCUCGCACCACCAACAGCAGCAGCAGCAGCAGCAGCAGCAACAACAACAACAGCAGCAGCAGCAGCAGCAGCAGCAACAGCAGCCGCCGCCGCAGCCGCAGCAGCAGCAACAGCAGCCGCCGCCGCAGCCGCAGCAGCAGCAACAGCAGCCGCCACAGCAGCAGCUGCCGCAGCAGCAACAGCAGCUGCCGCAGCAGCAGCAUCAAGAGCAGCAACAACAGCAACAAACGAGUCAAAGUUAUAACCAUUUUCAUACACCAAUGUACAGUGAAACAAGUUACUUUAUACAAAACGACUCGGCCUAUCUCCUUUCCCAACAUUACUCAUCACCUCAAGACGACGUUUCGAACAAUGCCGGGGUUACUGGUGGUGGAGGGUACUCGCGUUUCCACCCGUAUCAACAUCAACAACAUUUUCCAACGGAGCGUACCUGUUCGAUGAGCUCGACGAGCCCGCAAAGUCCGCCGGUUCAGUGUGACAAGUGCGGUGCCGUUUACGAGGAUGCAAAUCAACUCGGCGAACAUGUCAGAACGAGUCAUUCGAACUCGCCUAAUAUUUAUCCGGGUCAACCGCAGUAUCAACAAUUAGGUGGGAGUCCUCAACAGCAGAAUCAACCGCAGUUGCAUUCUUCCCCGACUCAGCCGAGUCAGCAAUCGCAGCAACAACAACAGCAUGGUUACGAGUAUAAUGGUGGACAAUCGAUGAAAUCGGAUGUGAAACAAGAGCCGGAGGAACAGGCCGAGAUCCUCGAUCUGGAUUCUCACAAAGUUCAGACUCAUAGAUACGAGGAAGAAUUGAUAAGGCUUCAUCAUCAUCAACAACAACAAGAUUUACACAUACAUAUACAUCAGCAUCCAGUACUCCAUCAACAACAAAGAGCCGGAUCACUUCCGGUAAGUUCUAUGUUGGCUUGGCCACCGACCGGUCAACCGCACGAGUAUCAUCCAGGUCUUCCAUCUAUGGGAGGUAUGGAGAACGUUUCACCAAUUUCUGAUCAAGGACAAUUCAUGCGUGGCCAACACAUGCCGGUAGUGGAGUCAUCUCGACACCCAGGUUCACCCAUUAUCACUAGCACGCAAACGAUGCCGACGCAUCAGUUGCCAACGACUCUAUUGCAACAACCACCAAAAGCUCCCCCGUUGGCCAAUCAAUCGUGGAAAAGUAAUGAGGCACGACGGCCAAAAACUUACAACUGCACAGCAUGCAACAAGUGGUUCACCAGUUCGGGCCAUUUGAAAAGACAUUAUAAUACUACCCUUCAUAAAAACGCCGUGAAACAAAGCAAUCAGCCGGAUCCAGCAAAUUUGCCAAUAAGUGCUCAUCAUCAUCCUGGGAGGGAUAACGGCGUCGGACACGGACACGGACAUGGAAGUGUUAGGGGUACCGGCCCGUCGAGGUCGUCACCAGAGAUAUCAACCUCUGUCAGUCCCCCAAACUUGAUUGCAGGUCCCUCGGGCGAGGCGGCGAGGGGCCUGCUGCACACGCCCACCACCACCACCACCACCACCACCACCACUCUUUACAACAACAACAACAACAACAACAACAACAACAACAACAACAAUUCCAGCAACAGCAGCAACAGCAGCAACGAAUCUUCAGUAGUAAUUCUUGCUCAGCAGCAGCAGCAGCAGCAGCAGCAGCCACAGGGUUCAAUGGUUCUCUUGGGCUCCACAAUGUUGCCCCUCAAUUCCCCGGGUCAGUCGCCAAUGGCGGCGCAUCAUCAGCAAAUGGGCUCAUCACCGCCACACUUGGUUCACCAUCAUCAUCAUCGGCACCAACAUCAGCAGCAACAGCAACACCAUCACCAGCAGCAACAGCAACAACAACAGCUGCACAUACCAAUGGAUUCGGGUCAAAUUCACAUGCACCAUCCCAUGAAUUCUCCUAUCUCAGCAAUGCAGCCGCCGCCGCCGGGGCCCCAUCUGAGUUCGCCUUCGCAAAUGGUCUCGUCUCACCCGCACCACAUGACUUCGCCUACAACGUCGGGAUCGGUCCAUCCAGCAAUGGUUUCGCCCCCUGCGAUGGGGAGUACUACGACCCCUCAACAGGUUUACCCAAACGCUUUGCCCCCCCACGUUACAACUUCUACCAACAUGGGACUGCUGGAAUCUAUCACCAUCCAACUAACUACUACUGGUAAUUCGCUAUUGCCGAUUUCUUCGGUCGAGCAGCAGCAACAGCAACAACAACAGCAACAACAACAACUGCAGCACCAGCAUCACCAUCUUCAUCAGCAGACCCAAGAUAUGUUACCCGGUUUUGGGACUUUCAGUAACCAUCAAAGACCUUUGCCGAGCUUCACUCAAUUCGGCAUCUCCGGGUUCUUGGUAGGCCACGAUCAAGUACAGGCCGUUAACGUGGGGGGGCUAAGUCCGGAGGAGAAUCGAUCUCCUCAAGACAGAUCCUUCGAGUCUCCCGGAUCCAGUUAUGAUCAAUAUAGAAAUUCGUCGCCCCGGUAUGAAUCCUUGACGAAUAUGGAUAUGUCGACGAUGCAAGUAAACACCGACGGUAUGAUUGUUAAACAAUAUGAGAUCGAAAAUCAACAGCAACAUCUCGUGCAGCAAUUACAACAAAUAGGUGAACACGAACGACAGCAAAUUCACGAAGCUAACAACAAUCUACCGCAGCACGUGCAGGCGAAGGAAGAACUCAAUCCGAAUAUUGGCCUGCAACUAGAAGAAAAUCCAAAAUCGAAGAUUGCCGGCAUGCUCCUGACCAAGGAGCAUCAAGUAACUAGCACAAACACUGGCUCACACUACAUUUCCCAGGACGGUUUACACAAGUGUAUCGAGUGCGACAAAGUUUUUAACAGGGCAUGCUACUUGACUCAGCAUAACAAGAGUUUCCAUUCGGGCGACAAACCGUUUAAAUGUAAUCAGUGUGGCAAAAGAUUCCCCCUCGAGUACCUGCAUGCGAAACACCUGCAGAAGCAUGCCGGCGACAAACCGUACAAGUGCGAGAUCUGUCCGAAGCAGUUUAACCACAAGACCGACCUCAGACGGCACAUGUGCCUCCACACGGGAGAAAAACCAUAUGCUUGUGAUAAUUGCGGAAAAGGUUUCAUUAGGAAAGAUCACAUGAUGAAGCAUCUUGAAACGCAUAAAAAAAAAUCAAAUAAUCAGAAUGUUCUUCUGAGGGCGUGAUUAAAGUGGAUUUGCUGGCACGGUUUUCGUCAGCGACGACUACGACUACGACUACGACUACGACUACAACUACGAUUACGACUACGAAGACUACGGCGACGACGACGACGAAGACUACGACGAAGACUACGACGACGAGGACGACGAAGACUACGACGACGACGACGAGGAC